GUGGCAGUUUCGGGUCUGUGAAGCACACGAGGUAUAUAUACAGGGAGGAAAUUGUGAUUCCAUCUCUUUCUCUCAACGAAUUCAACAGCGCUAGAAGAAGCUUGGGAGAGCAUCAGAGAAGAAAACCGUGAAGAGACAACCAUGGCAACUAAAAAGGGACUACUUCAGCGUUUGGACGAGGGCGUGGUGAUCGGCGAUGGCGGCUUCGUGUUCGCCCUGGAGAAGCGUGGCUACGUGAAGGCUGGUCCCUGGACGCCCGAGGCCACCAUCGAACAUCCCGAGGCCGUACGACAGCUUCACCGGGAGUUCUUGCGUGCCGGAGCUGACGUUAUGCAGGCGUUCACCUUCUACGCCUCGGAUGACAAACUGGCCAACCGGGGUAACGAGUCAAGCAAAAAGUAUACGUGUCGAGGUAUCAACGACGCAGCUUGCAGACUCGCCCGUGAGGUUGCAGGAGAGGGUGAUGGCCUGGUUGCCGGAGGCCUCUCCCAGACCCCUACCUACCUGUCAGGUCUUGGCAAGGAGAAGACACAGAAGGAAUUCCAGAAUCAAGUAGACGUUUUUGUGGAAAAUAAGGUGGACUUCCUUAUUGCUGAGUACUUCGAGCACGUGGAGGAGAUGGAGUGGGCCAUCGAGGUCUGCCUCAAGUCCGGCCUGCCCGUCGUGGCCUCCAUGUGCAUUGGACCCGAGGGCGACCUGCACGGCAUCUCGGCUGGGGAGUGCGGCGUCAGGAUGGCCAAGGCUGGGGCCCAUGUGGUGGGUAUUAACUGCCACUUCGACCCGUUCGUGACCGUGCAAGGACUCCGCCUCAUGAAAGCCGCCUUGGACCGAGAGGGGAUCAAGGUCCACCUCAUCGCCCAGCCCCUCGCCUUCCACACUCCCGACGCAGGCAAACAGGGCUUCAUCGACCUCCCCGAGUUUCCCUUCGGUCUGGAGCCUCGUAUCUGCACGCGGUGGGACAUGCACAAGUACGCCCGCGAGUGUUACGACCUCGGCGUCCGCUACAUCGGCGGCUGCUGCGGGUUCGAGCCCUACCACAUCCGCGCGGUGGCCGAGGAGCUGGCCAAGGAGCGAGGGAAGUUCCCCAAGGGCUGCGAGAAACACGAACCCUGGGCUGGCGGUCUCAAGAUGCACACGAAGCCCUGGGUUAGAGCGAGAGCUGGACGCGAGUACUGGGAGACCCUCCGACCUUCCUCCGGCCGACCCUACAGCGCCGCCUUGUCCAAGCCUGACAACUGGGGGGUGACCGCCGGGGAUGACAUCCUCAAACAGAAGACCGCAAGCACCACCGAAGACGAGAUCAAACUCCUCAAGACCAAGAAGACCAAAGCCUAAGGGAAUGACGCUAAAGAAGGGAGAGAAAGAGAGAGAGAGAGAGAGGGAGAGAGAGAGAGAGAGAGAGAGAGAGAGAGAGAGAGAGAGAGAGAGAGAGAGAGAGAGAGAGAGAGAGAGAGAGAGAGAGAGAGAGAGACAGGAAGAGGAGAAGGAACAUGGGAAAGAAAUAAUUUAGCCAGAUUAAUCGUAAUCAGUGUAGGCCGAUUGCGUUGAAGAAAUGACAUAAACAAAAACCUUGUGAGAAUAGACCUCUAAGAGGGAUUCUUUUCUAGGAUGAGUUUUAUACAUCCAUUACUGUACGUACAAUCAGUAUGCCUUUUGAGAUUUUAAGAUUGCAAAAAAGAUUGCAAAUUGAAUGUGUACGUGUGCUUGGCGUAAGUGUUUGCUGUUGAUUCCUUACACACCAGGUAAUGUGAAGUGUGGUUUUAUUCUUAGGCAGUUUGUGUAUGGUGUGGAAAUAUGAAUAAUUGUAUUCAUAUAACUAUGGGCAGUUUGAGUGCAUGAAACUUUAACUGUGGAAUGUAUGAUCAGUAAAUGAAAUGACGCUGGUUUCAUGUUUUCAUCAACAUGAGGAUUUAUCGCAUGUAAACAAAUAAAAUAUUUUUAAUGUA